UUCGAUGUCGAUACACAAACAAAAUACAACUGUACGCCCUAAUCCCAUCUCUAAACAACACCAACACCAAAAAACGGCAAAGUUUUUUUAUUGGCAAUAAUUGUUUAAAAAAGGAUACCGAGAACCGGAGAAAUUAGGAGCUGAGUGUGUGCGCAGCCAACACCGAGGCGAAACCUGAAAUUAACUGCUUGCGCGUGCCCCGGGACCGGACGAGACCCGGAUCGCAGGCGGCGCCAUGAGUGUGCUGGCGUAUCCACGUACCAACGAUGAGGAGAUUUUCCGUCACUGCGGCAAGGACUGCGGGGUGGUGACGGCCACCGAGGACUUCCAGUACUUUGCGCUGCGCUGCAUAUUCUGCAGCGAGAAGUUCCUCUACUUUGACUCCUUCAUCGGGCACAUGCAGACGGCGCAUCUGGGCGAUCAGUCUGUGGCGAAUCCUGCCGAAGCUUCCGCCGCCAUCGGCGCCUCCACCUCUUCCUCAGCGGCCACUGGCGGCGGCGGCGGCGGUACGUCCUCCUCCUCACCCAAUUCAGCCAGCACUCUCCCAGGCCUGCGUCUCGGCGAGGCGAUAUCUCUGGCGGAAACGGGCAUCCAUAGCGGCAGUGGGGAGCAGCUGCUGCCCAAUUUUCAUGAGAUCGAAGACUUGACGGACGCCGAUACGGCGCUGCUGGAGCCCCAGAUGGUUAUCAAACAGGAGCUGCUGGAUUUGCCCUGCAGCGAUGCCGACGAGGAGCAGGAGGAGUUCAUGGAUGACAUGGCCGAUUCCGAAGCGGAUCACGAUGACGACAACGAGGCCAUACUGCCCGAAAGCGAUGUGCCGGCGGUAAGCAGCACCCGCAAGCCCAAGGCGCGCAUGAAGGUGACAAAACCUCGCGAAGUGGAAAUGCCAAACAAGACGCCUCUCAUCAUGGCCGAUGGCGAGGGCGAUGGGGACUCCUUUACGGAUGAUUACGGUGAUCUGGACAACAGCUACAUGGAUGACAACUCAGGGGAAUAUAUGGAUUACGGCGAGCCCUUCGAGCCGAGCCAGCUGUGCCUCGAUUCCGAGUUUCUCAGCUACGACGAGAUGGUGGAGGAGUCCCUGCUGGGGCGUGAUCGGGAGGUGACGAUGCACAUCAAGGACCGCAAAAUGAUCAAGUUCCUCAUUCAAUCGUACAAGCGCAAUCCCUUGUGGGACCAUGGGAAUCCCCAGUUUCGUGAUCGUGUCAAGCGUGCCCGCUUCCUCGACUGGAUCGUGCUGGAGUUUAAAAGCCGCUUCAAGAUCUCCCUGGCCAAGGAUGCCAUCACCCGUAAGUGGGACAACCUGCGGACAGUUUACAAGCGAGAGUGCAAUCGAAUGGCUCUGGAGAAGACCAACAUUAGCACGUUGUGGUACUUCAAGGAGCUUCAUUUCCUCAACGAGGUCUACAGCUACAACGACAAGAUGUCCGAUGCCGUGGUGAAGGAAACUUCUUAUCGUCGCCGCUUUUCGGCCAUUUGGAACGACACCUCGACGGCCAAGUUGCUUAGCAUGGUGAAACGUUACCAGUGCUUCUACAAUCGCUUCGAUCCCGAUUAUCGCAGCAAGGAACGACGCGGUGAGGGCCUCCAUCAGAUGGCCAUGGAGUUGCAGCAACUGAUCGAUGUGACCACCAUUCAAAUAUCUAAGCGCAUCUCGCAGCUGCGCUUCGAUUACUCCAAACAGAAAAUGGAGCGCCUAAAUUGCGAACGCAACGACCGUAAGUUUGUUGCCAAUUACAUAUACUACGAUCAGAUGUUCUUCAUGGAUGAGGAUAUACCGCCGUUCAAAUGCCAGCACUGUCCCGAGAUUGUGCAGACGCUGCGUGAACUUGAUCUCCAUAUGCUUAGCCAUCAGCCCAGCCUGGGCGGAGGAUACUUUUGCAAUAUUUGUACCAUUCAGUUCCACAAUGCCGAGGAGUUUGAGAGUCACAAGCAGUUGCAUUUAGGCGCCGGCAACGAGGUCAAAUACAAUUGUGAACUCUGCACUGCGAGCUUCCGGGAGAAGGCCAACUAUGAUGAGCAUUUGCGGCGGCACAACGAGGAAUUAUUCCUGCCCUCGCUGGCCAUGAAUCAUAGCAUUUUGGAGCCCGGCACCGCGGACGAAAUGGAGGAUGAGGCAGCGCCGCCUCCCGUCGUCGCAGUGAGCAGCGGUAGAGGUCGCAAGAGGAACGCUGCAGCAGCAUCAAAAUCAUUACCUGCACUGGACGUGAAGGUUGAGGAGGAUUCAACAGAGGCGGGCAGCGAUGUGGUCAAGCCUUAUGGCUGUGAAGUAUGCCGCCGGAGCUUCGCCACACCUGGCCACCUCAAUGCCCAUCGGAUUGUCCAUCAGGAUGAGCGUGAGCGGUGCUACAAGUGUGACUAUCCCCAGUGCAAUAAAUCGUUUGUGGCCCGCAACAGUUUGUUCGAGCACCUGAAGCAGCACUACAGCAACGAGGAGUUCAAGUGCGACAUCUGUGGCAAGACAUUCAAGUCGACCAAGAACCUGCAGAACCACAAGCAGAUCCACGACAAGGUCAAGCGCUAUGUCUGCCAGAUCUGUGGCUCGGCCUUUGCACAGGCGGCUGGCCUCUAUCUCCAUAAGCGUCGGCACAAUCGACCCAAUGGCGCUGUCGGCGCUGUGGGACGAUCCGGCCGUAGCACUCUGUGAGAUAGGGAGUGGGAGGGGGACAAGGACAAGGAGAAGAUCAAGGCAACGUCGAGCGUCGGUCGUGGAGGACGCGGCGGAGGACGUGGCCGUGGUCGCGGGCGGUAUGUCAAAUAGUUUUCUAAGUAACUCAAAAAAGGCAGCAUUCCUUACAACCACCAUACAAAUGAUCAGCAAUUGUACGUGUAAUUGAAUUUCUUUGAGUGUAUUUUAAAGGUUUUUUUAACCUUAAACUGUAACCUGUAACCUGUAGCUGGUACUUAAAAGCAAAACCAAGUAUUUAACAAACAUUUAGGCCUAAGCUAGACACACUUCCUUCCCUCCACAAGUUCCCAAUGAUUCUUGGGUAAGUUCAAAAGGAAAGAGACAGCGAAUGAGUAAGGGAGAGAGCAAGAGCUAGCUGAACUUACAAUCCAAUUAUAUAUAACCUUAAUUAGAAUAAUAAUUAUUUUAAAUUUCUGUGCCAAUUUCGCGUCCUUCUCCCUGUAGCCUGUAAGAAUUGUAAACACAUUCCUUACCCCCUGCUCCGGUAAGAGACAUUCCACACAUUACCAAGUAUUUCGAACGAGUAUUCUAUGUAACUUAACUUAACUUAACUUAUAUAUAUACAACGUAGAGCAGACAGCAGAGCCGACUAAUUAAUUAACUAAGUUACUAAGCCGCCGCAUAAACUGAGCCAUAGGAAAUAGAACCACAAAAUAUAUGUACACACAACCAGUGCAGUGCGUCCGCCAAAAUGACUGAGAAUCUGAGCAAGGCAGAGAUUACGAGGCCCCCAAACCUAACCCCAACUCUUAAUAUAUGAUAUAUUUUAAAGCUAUUCUGUACAUAUGUAAGCUGUAUUAACAAUAGAUAUAUACCUACGCAGGCUCCUUGGCAAUAUAUACUGGAACCAGAGAGAGAUCCGCAAAGAAGCUCCCCAAUUUUAGGCCUAAGUUCGUAUUUAGCACAAUUUCGCAGACACACGGAGGAUCCUGCUCUGAAGAUGAUUACUCAUACAAAACUUCCAAAAACAAACAAAAUAGUAAAAGAAGCCAGCCAAAAAUUCGCUUAUCACUAAACGCUGAUAAGAAGCCGGAUCGAGGGGCUUUAUUCAAAACAAAUUGUGAAAUAGUUAACAUGAGGAGAAAGAGGAGAACGAGUCUAAAGAGAGAGAGUUUGGAGGAGAUAAUCGGAACAAAAGUGCGCUUCCAGGAGACAAAAGAUACACAAACGAGAGAGAUCAACCUCAACCUUAAAUGGAAACAACAAAUUAACAAUACAAAAAAGCUAAAAGAAACUCAACCCAAGGAGAAACGUAAACGAAACAAUUGAAACUAAUAAAUAAUAACUGAAAAACUGAAACCCAGGUAGCACUCUUAAUGCAUAAUGAAUAUUUUCUUAGUCCUAAGAAAGCGUCUUCUAAACUAAACUAUAACUAAAGCUAAUGUAAAUUAAUUGUAUAACAAAUGGAAGACAACAACAAAUCACAAUUCUAUUUAUAUCCUAGAAAUAUCGAAUGAGAUUUUAAUACGAUACACACAACACGCAUGUUCGAAGUAUUCUCGAAUAAAUAGGUUUAAAUUAUUAAA